AUGUUUAUUACAAAAACUAGAAAACUAUAUAGUUCUUAUAAUUAUAAAUUAUCAUUAAAUAAUAGAUAUUGUAGUCGUAGUAGUAGUAAUGCUACUUCAAUAAAACCACUUGAAGGAUUUAAAGUUUUAGAUUUGAGUCGUGUGUUAGCAGGUCCAUGGUCUUCACAGUUGUUAGGUGAUCUUGGUGCAGAUGUUAUCAAAGUAGAAUCGAUACAAGGUGAUGAUACAAGAGAAUGGGGUCCUCCUUUUUAUAAAGAUCCAAAAGGUAACAUAAAUACAGCUUACUUUAGUUGCACAAAUAGAAAUAAGAAAUCAAUUGCAGUUGAUUUCUCUAAACCUGAAGGUCAAAAGAUUAUUCACGAAUUAUCAAAAGAGUGUGAUGUUUUAUUGGAAAAUUUUAAAGUUGGUGGUUUGGAAAAAUAUAAUCUAGAUUAUAAAUCUAUUUCUUCAAUCAAUCCAAGAAUCAUUUAUUGUUCUAUUACUGGAUUUGGUCAGAAUGGACCGUUUGCAAAUUUGCCUGGUUACGACUUUGCAAUUCAAGCGAUGGGUGGUUUGAUGAGUAUAACAGGAACUGAGAGUGAACCGAUGAAGUGUGGCGUUGCAAUUGUCGAUAUGAUGACUGGAAUGUACUCGAACGUUGCUAUACAGGCAGCACUACAUCUUAGAAACCAAACAAAUCGUGGACAGCAUAUCGAUGUAAGUCUGCUGGAUGUUCAAGCUACUUUCCUGGCUAAUCAGGCAUCCAACUACCUGGUUACGGGCGUCAACCCAAAGAGAAUCGGUAAUUCACAUCCAAGUAUCUCUCCGUACGAUUCACUAAAGUCAUCGGAUGGAUUCUACGUUGUUGCUGUUGGCAACGAUUCACAAUUUCAUUCACUUUGUAAUACCCUUGGUGUCGACAGAUCGAUUAGUGGCGACGCUCGAUUCUCUAGUAACGCAAAGCGUGUUGCCAACAGACAAGAGCUGCUUGAACAUUUGAAUGCGCGAUCAAUGAUGAGAACAACCAAAGAGUGGAUCGAUCUUCUUGGCAAAGCAAAUGUCCCAUGUUCACCUAUCAAUCAACUCUCGGAAGUCUAUUCACAUCCUCAGAUUCAACAUAGAAACAUGGUAUGGGAAUUGGAUCUAUCUGAACAACCUACACCAACACCAACCACUUUGAACAAACAAAAGACAACUCCUCAAAACAAAGUGUAUGAACUUGAUAAACUAAAGGUUGUUGGUUGUCCAAUACAUUUCAGUGAGAGUGAUGGAGCGUUUGGGAUUCUCUGA